AUGGCAAAAGUCAAGGAAUUACAACAAUAUUUAGCUCAAUGUGUAGCUGAAUGUUUUUCUACUUUUAUGUUGAUAUUAAUUGGUGAAGCAUCAUUGGCUCAAUAUAAAUUUUCGAAAUCUGAACAUCGUUCGAUAAUUGCAAUAAAUCUUUCAUUUGGCAUUGGUGUUUAUACAGCACUUAUGAUUGCAGGACCGAUCAGUGGUGCUCAUUUAAAUCCUGCUGUUAGUAUUUCACUAUUAACUAUUCGUAAAUUAAAACCACUACAAUGUCUUUUUUAUAUUAUCGGUCAAAUAAUUGGAGCAUUUCUUGGUGCUCUACUCGUUUAUUAUCUUUAUUGGGGUUUAUUUAAUCGAUUCGAUAGUGGUGUACGACAAAUAACCGGUGAAAAUGGUACAGCUGAUAUAUUUUUUACAAUGCCCGAAGAAGGUAUAGGACAAUGGAAUUUAGUUUUUGAUCAAGUUAUUAGUACAGCUGUUUUAAUGAUUUUUAUUAUGGCUUUAGGAAAUGAUUUUAAUAAUAUGAUAUCUGAAGUAGCUAAACCAUUUGCAUUUGUUCUUAUUAUUUUUGCUAUAACCUCAGCAUUUGCACGUAAUUCAGGUGCAGCAAUUAAUCCUGCUCGUGAUUUAGGUCCUCGUCUAUUUGCUGCUUUUAUUUAUGGUUGGAAAGAAGUGUUUCGAGCACAUAACUAUUUCUUUUGGAUUCCAAUAAUAGGACCAAUUAUUGGAGCAAUUAUAGGUGUUUGGUUAUUUGAAGGUUAUUUAGUAUUAAUGAAACGUUUUGCUAAUUUACCUAAUAUUGUAAAUAUUGGUUCUAUUGAACUACAUCCUAAAGCAGUACCGACCGAUGAUGAUGAAUUAAUGGUGACACAUAGACUUACAACAACUCGUAGUUAA